AUGUGUUUCAUCAAUCAUUCGCAAAAUACAAGUAGUUACUUUCAAGCUGAGAAAAUAAUUUCUCCUAAGGCCAAGCUGGUUGGACUAGAUUUGCAAAAGCAUUUCAUAAAUGAUGGAAGAUUGCCAGGACAUGUUAUUCCGAAACAUUAUAACUUAACGUUACAACUGUUCAUGCCUCCCAAGUACAACUUUACGACAAAGGGAAAAGUGCAGAUUCUCUUCGAAUGCUUGGAAGACACUAAGGUAAUAACUCUACACGCACGUGACCUGCAAGUCGAAUUCGCCAGACUUCAAUCUGUGGCCGAGCCUGACCUUGACAACAGUAGCACCUCAUCAUGGAAGACUAAUGUGUCAACAGCACCAGAAAAGCAACUUGUUUUCAUACAUUCCACUCGGGCAAUGUUCCCGAAGAGACAUUACAUUCUGGACAUCACCUUCACGGGCCUUAUCAAUAAUCUGUCAGUCGGCCUGUAUCGUAGCAGUUACAAGUCGGAGCGAGGAAAUACCAGCUGGAUCGCAUCAACACAAUUUGAGCCUACUGAUGCCAGGAGAGUUUUUCCAUGCUUUGAUGAACCUGCGUUGAAAGCUACUUUCGAACUGCACCUUAUUCGAGACAAGCAUGCAAAAGCUCUUGCAAAUACUCCAGAACAAAGGAAGCUGGUUUUAGAUGAUGAAUGGGAAUGUGUGACGUUUGAAAUAACACCUAGGAUGUCUACCUAUAUUCUAGCAUUUGUUGUUGGAGACAUUAUAUCAUACAACAAACCAGAAAAUGGCGUAAAUAAGGUUCAGAUAUGGAGUCGGACGGAUAUGAUUCAAUAUGGCGAGCAUGCACAUAAUGUAAGCCCAGAGCUUUUAACAUUUUACAACGGAUACUUCGAAGUACCUUACUCCCUGAAUAAAACAGAUUUAGUUGCAGUGCCAGACUUCUUACAUGCUGCUAUGGAAAACUGGGGUAUCAUAAUUUUUGAAGAAUCAGCGUUGUUAUACGACAGAGAAAAAUCACCCACUGAUAGUAAGGUGUUUGUGACGCUAGUGAUUGCACAUGAACUUGCGCAUCAGUGGUUUGGAAAUCUCGUAACGCCUGCCUGGUGGGACAAUAUUUGGCUAAAUGAAGGAUUUGCUACUUUUUAUGAAUAUGUUGGAGUGGAUUACUUGCAACCAGACUGGAACAUUACGCACUUGUUCAUUGCUUCAAUUUAUGAAGUAAUGGAAACUGAUAGCUUAGUAACAUCAAGAGCUAUGGCAGCACCUGUAUCUACUGAAGAAAUCCUUGAUGUUUUUGAUGAAAUCUCUUAUUUAAAGGGUGGAGCCAUUAUAAGAAUGCUAGAGAGUUUCCUUGGUGAGAGGAAUUUUCGGCAAGGCUUAAAGAAUUAUUUAUGGAGAUAUUCAUUUAAAAAUGCUAGAGAGCAGGAUUUGUGGCAGAAUCUCAAUUUAUGGAACAGAAAUGAACUUGGAGUCAAGCAAAUUAUGCGAACAUGGACAAGUCAAGCUGGUUAUCCAGUUGUUACCAUCACUAGGAAUUAUGAAAACAGCACGGGAUUGAUUGAACAGCAUCCUUUCAGAUUAGAUGUAGAAACAUCUCUUUUACAACGGCCAUUUAGUGACUUAGAUGGCGGAGAUUCAAAAAUCAACCUCAAAGUUCCAGAUAAAAAAUGGAAGAUUCCUUUAUCAUUUACCAAUGGGAAGGAAUUAGACUGGUCUACAAGCACAGAUUUCUGGUUAACAAAUUUGUCAGCUAAAGUUUCUGGUCUUCCUGCCAAUGAUACCUGGAUUAUCGCUAACGUGCAACAAGUAGGUUAUUAUAGAGUGAAUUACGAUAGGGAGAAUUGGGAGUUAUUGCUUACACAGCUUUUAGAAAAUCACAAGGCGAUACACGUGGUCAACAGAGCUCAGAUCAUUAAUGACAUCCUAAAUCUCGCAAGAACGGAUCAAGUUGAUUACGCACUGGCACUGAACAUGACGAAGUACCUUUACCAGGAGCAAGAAUAUUUGCCAUGGCAAGCAGCUUUUUCGACCUUCAGAUACAUUGAUAUGAUGCUCUCCAAGACAAAGGCACAUAAAUCCUGGCAGAAUUACGUUUUGACUUUGAUGUCACCUUUGUACGCAGACUUAGGAUGGACCAAUGAAGAAAAUAGUGACUCCGUUCUUACAAAAUUUCUCAGGAAGAAUAUAUUGAAGUGGAACUGCAAUUAUGGUAAUGAAGAUUGCGUUAAUAAAUCAAGACUUAUGUUUCAAGAAUGGACAAAAGAAAUGGCAACAAAUGUAACAAUAGCAACAGAUGAUCAAGAAGUGGUAUUGUGCACAGGAAUUGCGAAGGGAACUGUUGAAGAAUGGGAACUGAUGAGAAAAAGAUAUUUGAAAGAAAACUUCAGGGUUCAAAAGAACAUUUUUUUGAAGUCACUGGCAUGCACAAAAGAAAAAGAACUACUCAAAAAGUUAUUGAGAAGCGCUUUGGAUACCGAGUCUGGAAUACCAUUACAAGAUGGAAGUGACGUAUUUUUAUAUGUCGCAGAAAACUUUAAUGGAAGGGAUGUCAUUUACGACUUUUUCAAGGACCAUCUAGAAGAUAUCACCGCUAGAUUUGGCUCCCAUGGCCUUGGUGGAUCUGCAAUUGUACACUAUGCUACUGCGGCACUGAGGACUGAAAAUGAAGUUUCUGAGUUAGCAAGUUUUAUGAAGAGAAGAGAAGAUAGGUUUCAUGGGUUUUACAAGGCUAUGCGAGAAUCUCUGCAGAAAUCAACUAAUAACUACAAUUGGAUGGUUCAUAAAUACGAAACAGUUCAUAGAUGGCUUGAAGAAAAUUCUUUAGACUAGACUUUAUGCUUACUCUAAAAUUUGCUCAAAGGAUCUUAAAAAUCCUGAGUAGCGAUGAACGGUUUUAAUAGAAAAACCAGUUUUGUCGGGGGGAAAAAAGUCUUUAAAGCAGAGAAUUUAAUGAUUUUUUUAAUAUUUAUUUCUAUUUUUAAAAUUGCUUAGAAUUUAGCAAGGUCACUGCAUUUUACAAUAUUAAUGAGUAGUUUUCUCGUUCAAAUGAAAAUAUGAAGUUUUUGAGAAGUAAAUACAUGGUUUUUGUAUGUGAAAAAAAAUCAUAUGGUUUGUUCGUAAGAAGCUACUUCUUACUCACAUUUAUAUUUUUUUUUAUUCAUGUGUACAGACAUUCAACGUAACUAAAUUUAAAAAUAGAAUUUAAAAUAAAGUUAUGAUUGAAACUGAUUCUUUGAAUCAGGUAAUAAUCAAAUGAAAAAUCUGUUUCGUUUCUUGUAAAAAUGCACCAUACGCAGCUUUAAAUUAUA